AUGGCUGAGUUGGGUCGGGUGACGGAUGACAUGCAGUGGUUGUUCCACAUGGGUGUUGUUUAUAUUAUAGAUAAGCUGAUUGUAUACACUAAGUCUGCCAUGGUCAUUCGCCGGAUCCGCUAUAUAUUUUUUGUUGCUGGGAGGAGUCCGCUUGUGCAGUCCAUUGUUGCCUUCACGACUCUGGACUAUACUUUUAUGCUUGGUCUUGGUCGCCUUGACAUUGCGGAGUUGAGGCAGCUAUGUACCUUAGACGAGGAAGAUAUGGCGGAUGCACCUGUUAGUGGUGGUAUUGGUGGUAGUCUUGGUGAUGGAGGAGCUGGUGGUGGUCCUGCUAAUGGUGGAGCUGGUUGUAGUCUUGUUCCUGAUGUUGGAGGAGGACAAAAGGGCCAUGAUAGUGUUGGACCCAAUGGUGUUCAAGCGGGCUGA